AUGGGGAAAGUUCUCAGAAAAGCAGGGAUUUACCCCGGCAAUCUCUCGCCCAGUGUUAGGGAGAUGGAUGCAGUUGUUACACGACAGGGAUGCAGAUUCCGGCUUCCAGCCUGUAAGUUUGGCAAAAGUCGGAGCUCUGCAGUCCACGCGCUGCGCGUCUCCGCCAGGAGCGCUUUCCCGGCAGUGGCAGAAGCUGGGCGACUGCGCCUAAGCCCCGUGUUCUCAGCAGAAGUGCCCCCCCCUCGGCCCCCCAUACGGAGGGGGCCGCGGCCGGCUGGGCGCAGGAGGCGUAGCCCGGGGAGCCAGGCGCACGCGAGACGCCGGGGCCCGCGCGGGUGGCGGGCUGGGGCUGACACGGCCCGUAGCCUCGGCCGGGUCGCUCUCGGAGAGUGGGGAGAGAGCCGUGGUCGGCGCUCCGCUCCGGGUCGCCUCUCCUCACCCCGGAUCCUUUUCUCUCUCUUUCUGUACCCCUGCAGCUCCAAGCGCCUGGUGACCCUGGCUCGGGGACUUUCGCCCGCCUUUCUGCGCUUCGGGGGCAAAAGGACCGACUUCCUGCAGUUCCAGAACCUGAGGAACCCGGCGAAAAGCCGCGGGGGCCCCGGCCCGGAUUACUAUCUCAAAAACUAUGAGGAUGACAUUGUUCGAAGUGAUGUUGCCUUGGAUAAACAGAAAGGCUGCAAGAUUGCUCAGCACCCUGAUGUUAUGCUGGAGCUCCAGCGGGAGAAGGCAGCUCAAAUGCAUCUUGUUCUUCUAAAGGAGCAAUUCUCUAAUACUUACAGUAAUCUCAUAUUAACAGGCUUCCUGGCAUUUCACCAGGAAUUGCUGAGUGGCAACCAAAUUGUUUAACUUCUGAAAAAGCACAAGUCUCUUCCAACUUUUCUUCUUGUACCUGGUGAAAACCCAACAGCAUGAGGUGAAAGCCAGAUUUAAAUGUGCUUUGGUGAGCAGAGAAGAGGAUUAUAGAUUUCAUAAUUAUAGGCCUUGUUUUUUGCUC